UGUACAGGAGAGCACACUGUCAGGAUAUUCUUAGCUUGCACACACGCACACAAACACACACACAUUCUGUUAUCCUUCACACAUACACUUAUGGAGUACUACUGCACCCUCCUACUCUGGAUUCUAUGCAGCAUGCUGCCAGGGUUCCAUGACUGUUUCAACAUUGACACCAGGAACCACAGGAUCAUAAAGGGCCCCAGGCAGACUCAGUUUGGCUACACUGUCCAACAACACACAGCAGGGGGACAGAAGUGGUUACUGGUAGGAGCUCCACUGGAAACUAAUGGGCAGCAUCAGACAGGAGACGUGUACAAAUGUCCCUUAAGCAGAAGAUCUGGAGGGCCCAGCUGCACCAAACUCAAUCUUGGAAGGAUAUCCUUGACAAAUGUCUCUGAGCGUAAGGAUAAGAUGAGACUUGGAAUGACCCUUUCAUCUAACCCUAAAGAUAACAGCUUUGUGGCUUGUGGUCCCCUUUGGUCAUAUGAAUGUGGCAGCUCUUACUACAGCACUGGAAUUUGCUCCAGAGUCAAUGCCAGCUUCAAAUUUUCCCGCACAAUUGCUCCUGCUUUUCAAAGGUGUGAGACAUACAUGGACAUAGUGAUAGUCCUGGAUGGAUCAAAUUCAAUCUACCCCUGGAAUGAAGUCCAAGAUUUCCUAAUCAACAUCCUGCGCAAGUUUUACGUUGGGCCAGGACAGAUUCAGGUUGGAGUGGUGCAGUACGGAGAAAAAGUGGUGACUGAGUUUAACCUGAAUGACUUCCGCUCUGUCGAGGACGUGGUCAAAGCAGCCCGUAAGAUAGGCCAGCGAGGAGGAGAAGAAACCAACACUGCAUUGGGAAUCAGUGUUGCACGCUCGCAGGCCUUUAAAAAGGGAGGUAGAAAAGGAGCAAAAAAGGUGAUGAUUGUCAUUACUGAUGGUGAAUCACAUGACAGCCCUGACCUACAGCAGGUCAUCGAGGACAGUGAGAAGGACGGCAUUACCCGAUAUGCCAUCGCUGUACUGGGCUACUAUAACCGCAGAGGCAUCAACCCUGAAGCUUUCCUCAAUGAGAUCAAGUACAUCGCUAGCGACCCUGAUGAUAAGCAUUUUUUUAAUGUGACAGAUGAGGCAGCUUUGAAGGAUAUUGUGGAUGCUCUGGGAGAGAGGAUCUUCAGUUUAGAGGGGACUAGCAAGAAUGGGACAGCAUUUGGUCUCCAGAUGUCUCAGGCUGGCUUCUCCACACACAUAGUGGAGGAUGGUAUUUUAGUGGGAGCUGUGGGUGCUUAUGACUGGAAUGGAGCUGUGCUGAAGGAGACUCUUCAGGGUAAAGUGGUUCCUCCAAUGUCCUCCUAUGAACAAGAGUUCCCAGAAGAACUGAAGAACCAUGGGGCAUAUCUGGGUUACACAGUGACCUCUGUAGUGUCAGCUCUCAGUGGUCAGUUAUAUGUCGCAGGGGCUCCACGGUUUAACCACACAGGCAAGGUCAUCGUAUUCACCCUGAAAAAUACCGGAGAGCUUACUAUAUUACAUUCACUGAAGGGACAGCAGAUAGGAUCAUACUAUGGCAGUGAGAUUGCUCCAGUUGACAUCGAUGAUGAUGGAAUAACAGAUAACCUGUUGGUGGCUGCCCCAAUGUUCUUCAGUGGAGGAUGGGAGAAAGGCAAAGUCUACAUUUACAAAGUGACAGAGCAGCCUCGUUUCAUACUGGAGGGCACGCUGGAGAUCUUAGAUCAAGGCCAGAAUGCCCGUUUCGGCUCAGCACUGGCCCCCGUGCCUGAUCUUAAUGGAGAUUCAUUUAAUGAUGUGGUGGUGGGGGCUCCACUGGAGGAUGACCAUAAAGGGGCCAUUUAUAUCUACCACAGCCAACGCAAUAGAAUACUGAGGAAAUACAAACAGAGGAUUGGUGCAAUUCAGCUGGCCCCUGGUCUGCAGUACUUUGGUCGCAGUAUCCAUGGCAAGAUGGAUAUGAAUGGAGAUGGCCUGGUGGAUCUGGCUGUGGGGUCCCUUGGAGCAGCUGUACUUCUUUGGUCUCAAAGUGUUGUCCGCAUCCAUGCCACUGUUCGAUUUGAGCCCAGCAAGAUCAAUAUAUUCAAUAAAGACUGUCGGAGAGGAGGAAAGGAUGUGACUUGCAUGUCGGCUAUUGUAUGUCUAAAUGUCACAGCCCGGACUCAUAUCAGAGCCUCACAGGAAAUAGCUGUCAGAUACAGUGCAUUCAUUGAGGAGAAGCGCUUUAAUCCUCGAGCAGUAUUUGAUGACCCAGAUCAGCAACAGCCACAGAAUCUCACACUGCUUCCUGGAGAGGAGACCUGUGACCACAUCUACUUCCACGUCAUGGUUAGAUCUCAGGAGACUACAGACUAUGCCAGGCCCAUCAUAUUCACUGUAGAGACAGGCUUGCUGGACCCAGACCAAGGCCCAGCUCUGGAUGAUAGCUGGCCAACUACUGUGAUAACACAGCUUCCCUUCUGGAAUGGAUGUGAUGAAGAGGACCAUUGUGUCCCAGACUUGGUGUUACAAUCUCAGACUGAUCUAAUGAAUCGCAAUCAGUUCUGUGCACAGGCAUUUCGUUCAGGCAGCGUGUUAUGUCAGAGUCAGACUUUAGCAGAACCUUCUGAACGCAUUAUGGAGGGAUCCAGGAGGAGGAUGGUAAUUGAUGUGCAUCUAGAAAACAGAGGGGAGAAUGCCUAUGGAGCCAAGCUAAACAUCUCUUACACUCCAAACCUGCAGUUCUCAAGCCUUAUAGUGAAGGAUAACUCUGAUAUACAUAUAGACUGCCGUGGUGAGAACAGGCGAAAAUAUGAGAAAUCUUGCAACAUUAGUGCACCUUUUAUGAGGGCAAAGACACAGGUAACAUUUCGUUUGGAAUUGGAAUUCAGUCACUCAGUGCUGCUGGAUCAUAUACGGCUCAUUCUGGAGGUUACAAGUGGGGGUGAGGAAGUUGCCUUACAUGACAACAUUAAUGACAUUUUCUACACGCUGAGAUAUGAGACUAAUCUUCUCUUCACAAGAGAUUUUUAUCCGACUCGAUAUGAACUUAAACCUGACCUCACUCUGGAGGAACCAGGUGAUAUCAACCCUCCUUUCAACUUUACCUUUCAGAUCCAGAACCUUGGCUAUUUCCCUGUCCGAGAUUUGCAACUAUACAUUGCAAUCCCUGAAGUCACAAAGAACGGUAAUCAGCUCUUGCAGAUCAGGGAUUUCCACAUAGACCAGGUAGGUGGAAGUCAUUGUAUCCCCCCUCAGCAUGUGGCACACAGUCGGGCCUCUCCAGAGGACCUGUCCAGAAUAUCUCGUCUGAACUAUUCCAACACCCUGGCUGUGCCAGUGCAGUGUACGGUCAACUUGCCUUCCUACAAGGACGUGAACGUGAAAAUUGGUGGAUCUCUCCGCACUGAUGCACUGCAUGCUCUGAAGUUCAAAACCCUUGAGCUGGUGACGACAGCCUCCGUGGAGCUGAGUCCCUCCAGCCCCAUGUUUCUGCAUGAGGAGAGGCCAGUCAGACACAUAACCCUUGAGAUUAGGAAAGAGGAGGAUUACCGUGUUCCUAUCUGGAUUAUAAUAGGCAGUACACUCGGCGGCUUUUUACUUCUCUCUCUCCUCAUUCUGGCACUUUGGAAGUUGGGUUUUUUCCAAAGGCAGAAACGAAAUGAGGAUGCAGAGAAUGAGGCCAAUGGCAAGGUGGUGGAAGAGCGAUAACGCAGGCUGCUCAAGAGGGUAGACAGGCCUACUUCUCAGGGACCAACCCACAGCAACAUUAGACAUCUCUGAAACAGAGAGACAGAGAGAGGGGCUGAGAGAGGGGGGAAAUAGAGAAAAAGUAGGACUUGUGGCAAUUAAGAAAGGAGAGAGGGAUAUGCUCUGUGCACUGGACGAUCUGUUGUUCAACCAUGAAAACACUGCCAAUGACCCUCCCCGUGCCUGCACUGCUUACUGAGCCGAUGGAGAUUGGUCUCCCUUUUGACCCCAGAUCCAAACCCUUAGAGAGCCUGAUGUUCACAGCGACUUAAGGAACAUUCUUCUGAGAGACAGAAUCAAAAGAAAGACUUUCUAAAGGAAAGCUUGUGAAGGGAAAAUGCAUUAAAAAAAGGAAAUAAUAAUGUCUGACUCUGAGAAUACACAAGAAAAACCUCAAACAUCCAUAUUUUCUGGUGCUUUUUUGUAGACAAAACAGGACAUCUUGGUAAAAGUAAGAGGGGAAAGAAGUGCACAAGUUAGCUUACUCAAUGUAAUAAAUGUGGUUAUAAUAUGUAAUAGCAGGCACUGGAGUUUUUUUUUUUUUUUUUUUUUUUUUACAGUGGUCAUUAUUUAUUGAAUAGAAUUUGAACUUCCUUAUUGACUUUACAUUGUUUUAUGAAAUAUCCUCCUCUACCAUAAAAUAAUUAUUAUCUAUUAUAUUAUACAUACAUAUUUUUUGUCUUUUAAAAUAGAGGGGAACAUUUACUAGGUCUUUUUUUAAAACAUUGAUGCACUUUUCAUAUUGUAGUAAUACAAACUUGAAUUUUGUAAAUAUACAGGUUAACUUUUUAACAUAAGUUUCCAAAUUUGCUUUCAUUAGGAUUGUGGAAUUAUAAUGUACUGUAUGUCUAGUGAGACAUCAGUCCUAGUUUAGCUUCCAGGAUAGAGCAGCACAUCCUCAAGUUUGCUUCUCACCUCAACAAGUAGCCUUGAAAGGGUAUGCUUCCUGUACAGUAUGUCAACCAGGACAAUGAUUCCAUCUGUGUUGUUUGUUCCCUGAAAAUAUCAAUAGAAUUGCUCAAAUGUUACCUAACAUCGAGUAAAAAUAAGAUGUUGGUGUUUACAAUGCUACAAAACAUCCUUAUAAUUUCCAGAUCUAAUGUAGUCAGGGAUUCCUAUUCUCUAAUACUUAAUCAUAUAUUAUAUGUAUAAGUGAAAAAAUAAAUAUAUAAAUGAAGAAUUAGGACAAUGAAUGAGUAUUCAUAUUUGACACAGAAAUAUAAAUGGCAUUUGUGUUGAAGUGUAAUAAAUGCAAAUUGUUUUGUGGAAGGUCAAAUCUGCAUCUAUAUUUUCCUCAAACAUGGUCAUGGUAAAUUGUACAAACAGUACUGGUAGCCCACAGAGUUUUCUGUCAAUUAACACUGAUUUGAUUUCCACAAUAUAAAGUUCUGCUUAUGAACAAUGGCUAAACAGUGAUUUUAAAUCUUAUUAGAUAGUGAUUUUUAAAAUGAAUAUAUAAUAUAUAUAACUGGCAAAUGUGGCUUAUCAAAUGGCUCAUAUGAGAAGUUAUACUUUAAUCACAGUUCCAAAAUAGUGUAUUUCCAUUAUGCAAUACACACAUACUCUUAAUACAUAUGGAGCAAAAGCAGACUUAUUCUUAUA